GCGCUAAUGGAGAUCUGCCUGGCGGAGGAAACCGACGUUCAGUAUAAGAUCUUCGGAUCUCGGCUGAAGCCCUUCCAGGCGAUACGCGAAAUCCUGCUCGCCGGGGACACCAACCGUCUCGUGGCAGAGCUGACUUUCGUUCGCAUCAAUGACUUGGCUGCACCGCCUGAGCCUUUGCAUCCGCUGCUCCUCAUCGAGCCCUUCGUUGCCGUGCUAAUCAUCGCGAAUGGGGUCAUGAUCGGCUUCCAGACCGACAUGCGGUAUCAGGCCUGGGAAGGCUGGGUCUACUUGGAGGCUGCCUUCGGCUCCUUCUUGCUGCUGGAGAUUGCGCUGCGCAUGCAUCUCCUAAGAUGUCGCGAGUUCUGGUGCGGGCAAGAGCGGUACUGGAAUUUCUUUGAUCUGUUUCUUGCAGCUACCGGCAUCAUUGACAUGGGCGUCCAGCUGGUCAGCCAGCAAAGAUCAGAUUUCUUUGGUACAUCUCUUCUGCGGUUCUGCCGGCUGAUACGGCUUGUGCGUAUCGUCAAGGUCUUCCGCCUAAAGUUCAUGAGGGACCUGCGGCUCAUGGUAAAAGGAUUGAUUGCUGGAAUCAAGACGCUGAUACUGGCCUUCACCUUGCUGUUCUCGGUCAUUUACGUGAUCUCUGGCUUUGCCACCAUGAUCUUGGGCCCUGACGAAGCUCUUGCCGAACUGGAGCUGCAAGUGUAUUUUCGGUCGCUCCCCGAAUCCAUGUUCACUUGCUUCCGCUGCUUCACAGGCGAGUGCAUGGAUGUGGAUGGCAAGCCGUUAACUCACAUGCUGGCGCAAGAGUUUGGCUAUGGCUUCAUCUUCAGUUAUGUCUUCAGCUACAUGCUGGUAGCAAUGGGCAUCUUCAAUGUGAUCUUGGCUGUUUAUGUUGACAUCACCAUGAAGGCGGCCAAAGAAAACGAAGCAGUUACAGCUGAGCAACACGCGCGUGAGUCUAUCCGCAUUGCGCGGACCACUCGGGAACUGCUCAAGAAGUUUGCUGCUGCGUAUCACCUCUUUCAGGACAUUGAGGAAAGUGAUAUGGCCCGCAUUGACAUCAGUCCCAACGCGGCCCUAUUCACGGAUGACGAGAUCCAGGAAAACAUCGCCAUCACCAAGGAGCUGUUUCUCUUGGUCAUUCAGGACCGACAGGUUCAGCUCUUGAUGGACGACUUGGACCUUCCCCCAGAUCGGGCCAAUUUGUUCGAGGCUCCAGUGCUAUUUGUGUCACAGCUUUUUCUUGCCCCACCUCGCUGCAAGCUGCCAGGUGGUAUAACAUGGCUUUAUCAUUCACGCAGUGUUUCACACAGGUAUCCUACAGCCUGCAAAGCUCAAUCUCACGAUUCAAUCGAGUUCCAUCAUGUGUGGGUUGUUGGAGUCGGUAAGGGGGAUGAGCCCAAUAGCUUUAAGCCGCCCAUUUUGAGUGCGGGGCGAAUGCCUGCGAAGGGAGCUUGCAGGAAGCCCGCAGGAGAAGAAGCACCACAGCUUCAAUUCAAAGCUAACCUUUGA